AUGGGCGGGGGUUUGCGGCCGUCCCUCCCUCCACGUGUGCCCCUGUCCCUCCACGUGUGCCCCUGUCCCUCCACGUGUGCCCCUGUCCCUCGGCAGGCCGCCCUGGCGCUGCGCUCCAUGGAUGGCGUUUUCCUGUCGCCCAGCGAGGAUGAGUUCGUGGGCAGGAUCGCGGAGGAGCUGGAGCACUUCAUGGUGCAGGGGCAGCACCACCGGGUGCUCCUGUUCCCACCCCUGUCCAGCCGCCUCAGGUACCUGAUCCACCGGACUGUGGAAAACAUGGAAUUGCUGAGCAGCUUCUCGGUGGGAGAGGGCUGGAGGAGGAGGACGGUCAUUUGUCACUCGGCCGUCAGGCUUCCCAACGAGACCUCGAGCGACCAAAAACCCGGGACCAACCCGCCUCGGUCGCAGCGCCCAGCGCAGCCCUGGGGCCGGGGGGGCCGGGGGGCCCGGCUGCGCCACCCCGGGGACACCCACGGGGACAAUUCCCGCGCCUCCGUGGGCUCGGGCAGGAUCACCAGGCCGCCCAGGAAGAAGCCAGACAAAGCCCUGUACGUGCCCAAAGGGAUCCGGAAAAAGGCGAAUUGGAGGGAGCGGGAGAGCCCCGGGACGGAGCCCGACGGGGAUGCGGCGCCAGGAGGUGAAAACUGCCCCAGAAAUUCCAUCCGGGACAGCCAGCGGGAGCUGGGCAAGGGUGGAGACAGCCCUGGGGAGCAGCAGGAGCCUGAGGAGGUCCCAGGAAAAGGCAGCGCUGAGCAUCCUCUGUGUGAUGAGAAGGUGCCAUCCUUAGGGAAUAGCAACGAUUCCUGUGAGCAGGGAAGCCGGGAUAAAGACUGUUCCCAUUCUGCACGCAGCAAACACCCACCCCAAGCAGGAGAGCAAGAGUCAAGCCACGCCAGCACCGCCAUUCCAGAAGGCAGUGAAUUCCAGGGCCAGCUGCAGGAGGAGAAGCAAUCCAGCCGGGAUUCCGGAGGGUCGGAGUGUGGGAAAAGCUCCAUCCCUUUGGAAAACCACGGUGGCAGCAGGACAGACCCGGCCAUGACAGACCUGACCAUGAGAGACCCAGCUGUGCCAGAACCAGCUGUGCCAGAACCAGCUGUGCCAGAACCAGCUGUGGCAGAGUCCCCACUGCUGGAACCGCAGAGCCUGGAGAGCAGCAGGACCCAAUCCCCCCCUGGAGAGCAGGGUUCCAGGAAUGCCGAGGGAAGCCGGGGUGAUCUCGGUGAGCAGGAGAGCCCCAGCGCUGGCCAGGUGGAGCAGAAACCCCUCCAGAAGGUUCUGGAAGGGCCGGGUGAGGCUCUGGCUGCUCCUGAGCUGCUCCGUGGUGGAGAUCCCGGCGCUCCGGGGCGGAUCCGUGGCAGGAAGGUGCCUGGGGAGGAAGAGGAGGACAAGGAACGCUCGGAUGUGGCCGAGGCGCUGUGGAGGGGCCUGGAUUUGGCUGCAGGGGACAGAGGGGGGACAAGGCAGAGCGGCCUCGAGGACGACUGCACAGCAGAGCUCCUGGCUGAGAUCGUUGGGAAUUUGACAGUGAAGGACAUCAGCGUCGAGAGGAUCAGCGUGGAUUAUUCCAGCUACGGAGAGGCCCAGGUCAGCGAGGGGGACCUGGGCCACGUCACCGAGAUCUACGACUUCCCCUCAUCCCUGAAAACCGAGGAUCUGAUGGAAAUAUUCUCAGAUUUCCACGAGAGCGGCUUCAAAAUCCAGUGGGUGGAUGAUACCCAUGCCCUGGGAAUCUUCUCCAGCCUCUCCACAGCCUCCCAGGCCCUGGGCCGCCGCUACCCCUGCCUGAAGCUGCGGCCCCUGAUCCACGCAAGCCGCCAGUCCAAGCUCAGGGCGCUCCAGAGACCAAAUUGAUCAGGUCCAGUUGCCACAGGAAAGCAAAGCCAUGAACCUCAGCAGCAGCAGAGACUCUGAACCAACAAUUCCUGGGAUUUUCCAGCUCACUGCAGUCAGAAUAAAUUCCAAUUUUAAUGCUCUAAAGGGACACUGUCACAGUGACAAAUUCCUGAGAUUCAGCACUGCUGGAUUUAAAGGAAACAUCCAAAAAUUUGCUUUGUCUGCAUCUCCCCUUCAUCUGUUUUUUCAUUUAUUCACUCUUCUAAAUCAGGUUAAAUGAAAAUAGAAUUAUUUUUAAUUUAUUAUUAAUUAAUUAAUUAAUUAAUUAAUAAUUAAAUAGAACAAUUAAACACAAAUUCCA